AACAGAAGAAGAAAAAGUGUGGUCUGUUAGAGCUUCUUCAGUAAAUGUUUGAUUUGUUUCAGAGACGCAAAUAACCUCAGAGCUGAGCAGAAUGGUGAGUGUUUGACUUUUAAAACCAUCUUUCUGAACAUGACUUACAAUGCAGAUAAAACUAGGAUUCUUCACUGUCAUUGUAAAGAUGAGAAAGCUUUAACUUUGAACUCUGCAAAGGUCUGAUUUUUAUGUGAUUGUUUCCUGCUGCAGUAAAAAUUCAGAUCAGAAGCUUCAUGACUGAACAGGCUCAGAAGAAUUAAGUGUUUGGUGUCUGAUUUACUAAAGCAGAGGGAAAUAAAACAUUGACAUUAGCUAUGGCGAGAUGAAGCCUCAUGAAGCAUCGAAGCUUUCCAUCCAACUGCUCGACUCCUGGGCCGAAGCUUCAUGAUCGUGCUUCAUUUGCUCUAUUGCGCCAUCAAGUGGACAAUAAAUGUAAAACAGGCAGAGUGAUAAACCAAAGACACCCCGAGGCUUUGGUGCGCGAAGCUUUGAAUUCAAUGAUGAAUGGAGUUAUGAAAAGGGUAAGAGGACAUAAAUUAUGGAGAGGGUUGUGGUGUGGAUGUGCUAGUGUUACUUAGUUUGUUGUUCGCACUUUUGUUACGGGGACAACAUAUAAAACAUAAACAUUUCAUUUAUAUUUAGUUAUUUAUAUUUAAAAACAACUUUUCAACAAGUCUCGAGUCUAUGGAUUGUGAGUGGGGGAGGACUCCAUUGCGUUUCGCUGCCUGUUAAAUCAUCCGCUAAACCCGUGAACCGUUUCUUGUAGUGGUGUGUCGGUCUUGAACGAACGGAUCAAAAGAACUAGUUCUUUUUGGUGGACGAAAUGAACUAGUUCUCCCCCUCUAAAUGACCCGUUCAAUCCGUUCAGUUCUUUUGAUUGGCUGAAGAGGGACUGCUUGCCUGUCUUAUCCUAUCGUCGCGCCUCGUUCUGUGUGUGGGUGGGGCUUAGAGAAGCAGCAGCAGUACUACUGAGCUGACUGAAAGACCGGGAUGACCGAGUUGACUGAAAGAACGGGUCAAAUGAACGAAAGACCUAGUUGACUGAAAGAACGGGUCAAAUGAACGAAUGACCGAGUUGAACGAAAGACCCAGACCGAUGAACGAGUUGAACGAAAGACCGAGUGAACGAAAGAUCCAGACGGAUGAACGAGUUGAACGAAAGACCGAGUGAACGAAAGACCGAGUUGAACGAAGGACCGAGUGAACGAAAGAUCCAGACGGAUGAACGAGUUGAACGAAAGACCGAGUGAACGAGAGACCCAGACGGAUGAACGAGUUGAACGAGAGACCGAGUGAACGAAAGAUCCAGACGGUGAACGAGUUGACUGAAAGACCGAGUGAACGAAAGAUCCAGACAGAUGAACGAGUUGACUGAAAGACCGAGUUGAGUGGCCGCCGCACGAGGCCCGACAGCCGAGCCGGAGCGAGCGGGACAGUCACACACACGCAAAGGCACACAGCUGCUGCUGCAGCCAGAGGCAGAGAGACAACUAUUAAUACGCAUUUGCACUGUCUGUUGACAUUUGUACUUUUUAUUAAUGUUUUUAAUGCACCUCAAAAUAAUAAAAAACCAUUAAAAACCUUAUAUAUUUUGUUACUCCAACUAUAAUUUUAUAUUACAAGUAGUGCAGUGAGAUCGCAGCGUUGGACCGGGUGGACCGGGGGUGGGAAGUGGAGAGUGCAGCGGUCAUAGCGUCGGACCGCGGGGGGGACGACGACGAGCGGACUGACAAAUGACCGAUUGACCGAAAUGACCGAAAAGAACGGGUCUUUUUAGUGACCGACCCGGAAUGAUCCGGUUCACUGAAAUGACCGGUUUUGCCCACCACUAGGUUCUUGAAUCAGUCACGUGGUACAGCCGGGUAGCGAGGCUUCGGGCGUCGUCAUUUUUGGCUCCACCCCUACAUGAAGUAAGCUUCGAUUCGCGCUUCGCGGAAACCUCCCCCUCAUUACUCGACACACGCGCUUCGUAGCCUCGGCACUGAAGGACACAUCACUAAUUGACAUCUUCUCUUGUUCGAGAUGUUUACUACCUCAAUAUCAGAUCUGUACCUCUGAUGUCUGAACUCGCUCUAAAAGGCAUCAUGAGCAGCUUCAGUCAGAAAACUUACAGCCUUCUACGAAGAAAGAGUUCAGUCCUUUCCCAGCUGUUUGCAGCCUGUCUGAAUCUUUGAAUUUUUGGAGAUUUACUCUGAACCUGAGAGUGUCUGAAACUUAUCAGACUGUAACUUUUCCUCACCUACAUAUACACCAGAAACCCAGUCUAAAAACAGACUCAAACAGGAAGUAGAAACUCUCAACCAACGAGGUCGUGUGAUGGUCUCUUCCCCAUUUGCGUAGGUAGUAAAAGUAAAGAGUUGUGAUGUUAGCUCCGCCUCUCCGCGUGUAUUUUAUUCACUCUUUAUAAACCUGCAGAUUAGCGAGAGCUCCUCUAAUGUUCGGUCACAUGACCCCCUCCUCCUCCCGCUGGGGUCAGAGGUCAGCCUGGUGUUUGGUUUGGCACAGUGAUCCUGUUAGAGAUCUGAAUGGACCACACACGUGCACACACAGAAACACACACACUGAACAAAGAGGAGAUUUGGGAUUCAGACACAUUUGUGCUUCUUUUCACCACAUUUAGAGCUUUUUCUUUUUUUUUUAACAGCUUUAUGUCUCUGCAGCUGAUCCCAGAGCAGCCAAACGCACAGAAAAAGAGCCUGUUUAUUCGAGCAGACCCAAACUCACAGCUGUCCUCUGUCUCAUAUACAUUUUAUUUUGUGAUUUAUUUACUGCAAUUUAUUCACAGAUAUUUACUGUCUUCAAAACAACCACCAUCCUUCAUGACCCGAUGACCGAAUUCUGAGUUCUCAGAGUUUCACCAAAUAAGAAACCUGCUCUGGAUGAUCAGCAUGAAGCAGGGCCUCACAAACUAAUGAAUCAAACUCUUUUUUUUCUCUCAGAGUUCACCGUCUGCAGGAUCCUCCCUGCAGGUCCAUGCCGUCAGGUUCGGUCCGGGUCAGGAGCUGCUGGGAUCUCUGCAGACAUUUGUGAAGGAGGCGGGACUCAGAGCACCGUUCAUCAUCACCUGCGUGGGAAGUGUCACCAAGGCAACGCUCCGGCUGGCAAACGCCACAGCAUCAAAUACAAACGAGGUACCUGAGAGCAGCUCUUUUUGUGCUCCUUCACAGCAGAAACACUCAGCUUAAAUAUCUGCAAAUAUGUUAGGAAAGUUGUUCUUAUAGAUAUAAACUUCGCUGAAGCAGAAAAACAUGACAAAUGUUUUUUUUACCCAACAUUAUUCUUGUCCCAUUUAUACACAAAUCACUUCUGCAGACAGGUCCUUUCUGUCAGAGGAGCUCAGCUGGAAUAUCUGUUUCUCUGAUCUUGUGUUUGAUUUAGACUGUGCUCAUAUAUUAAAAACCUGAGCUUUACUGUAUGAUUACAUCUCUGUUUUAGAAAAAUAUUCAUUAGGACAUUACACAAGGCUAUGCUGCAGAGAGAUGCAGAGAACUUAAUAUAUGGCGCCUUAACUUUGAUUUUUCUGAAGGUACUUUUCUGUGCUAAGCAGUUAUGAUUGAAAAAUCCAAGAAAAAAGAAAAGCUGUACAUUAAAUUCAUGAUUUUUGGUGAGUAACGCUUUAGAUUUGAUAAGAUUCGGGUUCAAGUUUGCAGAGAAAACUUGUCACACAGCAGAAAAAUGAAGAACAGUGAAGGCUAAUUUUUUUUAACAGAAUUCAAAGAGUUUCUUUCUUUUAAAGCCCAUAUCCCCUAAAAAAAACUAUAAAAAUGCAAACUUUAGGAUGUUAUCUAUGAAAGCUGAAGAUAAUAAUUCUCCAUGUUUUCCCCUCAGCUGCUCCACUUGACCGGCCGGUUUGAGAUCGUGUCCCUGGUCGGCACCCUUAACCUGGACGCUCACCUCCACAUCUGCCUGGCUGACAGCGAGGGCAAGACAGUGGGAGGUCAUGUGAUGGGAGAUCUGGAGAUCUUCACCACAGCUGAGGUGGUGAUCGGGGAGGCGACACAGCUGCAAUUUAAGAGAGAAAUGGACGAGAGGACGGGCUUCCCUGAGUUGGAGGUUCAGAAACGCUAACAGAGAGAUGACGAGGAAAACAGGUACAGCCACCGACGGACCGCCGCCUCCUGAUGCUGGUACGUCUGAAAAAUCAAACACUGCAGAAAAACUCUUGUGAUAAAUAAAACUUAAUGAAAGGCUCUCAUUCCUGAUCUUUCCUUGGACAGUGAACUGAUUUUGCUGUAGUGGCUUCUCUUAAUAAUAAUAAUAAUAAUAAUAAUAAUUCAUUUUAUUUGUACAGCGCUUUUAAAAACACUCAAAGACGCCAUUAACUAUUAAGAAAAAGUUCCUCUGAGUGCGCUUCCAGUGAGGAAAAUUUAAAAACAAAAAAUUCAAUUAAGUUCCCUUUGGAUGCCAUUAAACUUCCCCCACUAAAUGUUGCAUAAAUAUUCCCAAGGAUGCAGGAAUUUAGAGUUAGGCAGACCAGUUUAACUGUUAAAGGAAAGAGGGCUGGUUUCUGUCGUCCCCUCUCCCGGUGAAAAUCCUGCUGUCAAUGUAAAUGUCGGAUAAGUGAUUGAGUAGAAAAAUGACGAACAUGCAGGGUUUCUCUCUGAGUCUGUAGCCUCCACACUCGCCAGCUCUCAGACCGGUCCUGAGCCUCAGCAGCAGUUUCUGCCCUGCGGGGGCCGCAGCUUUCUGCUAAUAGAUGUUAAACUGCAGCUCGGCCUUUCAGAGCCUCUGACCCCCUCGGUUGUGAUGAGACAAAGCGAGAAACUCCGGAGGAUUAACUGUGACCUUGGCUCGGUCACGGCCGCCACGGUGAAGAAAGGAAGAGCUCUGCUGCCGUGUGGCGGGCGGGUUGGAGGGAGGGGAGAAGGGCGUGGUUACAGCCUUUUGAAGGAAUCCGGAUCAUAGAGUUUAAUUGGAGCUCAGCUGACUGAGUUCAGCAAAGACAACAUGUAUCUGUACAACCACAAACAGACGGUUUGUUUUCACUCUGUCACAGAAAAGACCAUCUACAGCUUUAUCUUUGAAUUCUUCACUUUGGUCCUGAUACUCUGUCAUGGAAACCUGCAAACUCUGAACUUAUGAGAAGUUACACUGAAGUGUAAAUGAAUGAAGAAAACCCACAGAUUUCAGCAUCUUUCAGGUUUUAUUUUUGGACCUAUGAUUCCAGAGUCUUUCUUCAAGUGCAUGUUUUGGAGGCACCAUUAUCUGAGAAUUCAGGCUUAAAAUUCUAAAAGAUUUGCAGACAAUGAAAGUAAAUUUGGAGGCUUCACCUUCAAAAACACUUCUUAUACGUUAUUAUUGUUGGAUGUGUCUUUCGCUAAAGAAACAGGAUUUGCAUGUUUCAGCUAGGGCUGUUUUAAUGUCCAGUUUUCACCUCAUAGUGUCUUCUGUUCAAUCAGUAAGCAGAAGUAAAACAGUGAGGGGUCAGGGUUCAUCAGAAAGUGUCAGUGAUGUAUUGAUCAGUAACCUGCAGAGACUUAAACUCUAACGAUGUUUUUGGACUCAUAGUAAAUCUUUAAAUGUCAGUUUUUAGGAGUGUCUCAGAGGGAUGCUGCAGCUAGCUCUCUAACAGCUUCUGCUUCUUCUCUCCUCAGUUUUAUGAAGUUUGGAAAUCAGGUAAAGGAUCAUCUCUGUGAAAUCUGUCCCCUAUUUGAGCUCAAUCUGGAUGUUUAGUUCACAUGAAGACAGUAAUCAUCAACUCUGGGACAGUCCUAUAAAAAGUAAACAAAAUAUCUGCCAAUAAAAAAAUUAUAAUAAUCAGUUACUUCAAAAUUAAACUUUUUGUGAUUUUAAAGAACUUCGAGAAUUGUCUUUCUUAUGCCACCGGUGAAUAUUUUAUCCAACUCAUAUUUGUGUACUGUUUUAUAAUGAAAUAUAUUUUCCACGAAUCAGACCUUAAAACAUGUUUUACCCAAAAUAAGACUGAACACUUCCUUAGUUUGUAGUUUUGCAGUGGGUAAAGCAGGGCUUAUUGUCUUUUUGCUGAUUUUUUCCUGUACAUGCAUAAAUAGUUCUAUUAUUUUUAUCAUACCCGGAUUAUUUUGACAGAUUAAUAUUAGGCGUCUGUCUUUGUUCUUGUAUCUCAUAGUUUGUUUUUACUCAGAGCUGUUAGUCUUAAAUCCAGUUUAUUGUAUGACCUGGUGGAGAUUUUUACAGGAGUAUUAAACAGGAUGAAAAAUAACAAACUAAAACUGUAGACUUCAGUCUGAAGAUUUAAAAUCUUUCAACUGUUUCUUCUGCACUUUGUACAUUUUGUUGUCACCCCAGUUUUUCCAGCUCUUCUGUGAUCGUUGAUCUUUUUAAAAUGGUUUUCUGUGUUUUUUCCUGCUGGUGUCCUCGACAGUGUUAUAAAUUUAAAGCCCAUUCAGAAAGUAACCUCAGACUUUAAAGCUGGGUCAGGGUUCAACAGUCAGCUCUUGAAACAUGUGAUUUGACCUAAAUAAAAAGUCCACCUGUUUAUCUGAAGAAAUCUGUGCGGUUUAAUUCAGUUUCUUGGUGAUAUUGUGUUUCCAGGAGGAUGAGGCCGCCAUCAGCGGGGCAGCCCACCGCCGCCACAUUAAAGCAGAGCAACAAAGCGUCCCUGCUGCAGCUUUGUGCUUUUGUUUUGUUCUGUUGACGCAGCAUGGAGGCCAGGGAGCGUUGGUGGUCUGCCCCAGUGCCCUCUGGGAGGCAGUUUAACACAUCCAACCAAAGCGGCUCAGUUUUCCUCCUGACAAAUUGAAAGGCAGCGGCCCAAAGCGGAUGUUCUGGAUUUGAAAAAUAUCGUUUGAUCUAAAGACGUUUUUUUUGUCUUUCUUUAAACGGCUUCUUCAUGAGGCAGAGAUGAUUAAAACCUUUCCCUGCUCGUAGAUAACUGUGUGUCUGUGUCGCAGGAAAAUGUCUUUAUUUGAAGCAUCUGUGAGUUACAUUAAAUGUUUGUUGUUUAUUAAUGUUUCAGAGCUCCAUCUGCGGGCAGCUCCUGCUGUGAGGCACCAAUUACAUUUGACUGACACAAAGACCCGACUUUAAUCUCUGCUCAGCUCAACACAUUUAGUUUCCACAUAAACAAACAUUCAAAGUUUGUUUAUGGACAUAUGGAAACAGAGAACUGUACAAACAAGUUUUACCCUGAAGUCAAAUUUUCUCUUUAAAGAUGAACCUUCAGAUAUUUACUGCUGUUGAUUGAUUCAGCCUUUAGCUAAUAGGCAAACAUGAAGAAAUAAACUCUCUGAAAAUAACAGAAACACUUCUUUAUAUUCAGAUCUGAAUCCUUACAAACUGUGAUGAGAUUUGUACAUUUUUAUCUCUAUUUCUUUAUUGUUAUUUUGUCUUUUAUUCUUUAACUUUGCCAUCAUGAAAUAUGUCAGUAUGGUCUCGUCCAGUAUGUUCGUUUUAAAUGUGAAAUGUUAAGAGUUAAAUUCAGCAUUAACAGCGAAGAGUCAAUAUAAAAACCUACAGGGAAGUUUUUAAAUGUUAA